GACGUUGCCCGAGCGGACCGGAAGACAGAACCUGACUGAACCAGAGAUCAUAAAAGUGAAAAUAUGGGAAACUAUUAAAACGAGAAGGUGCCUGGAAAGAAGGGGAAAUGCAGUAAUUUACUGUGAAAAACGAGAGGAUCGAUGAUCUGUUCGCCGCAUAUAACGUGUUGAAAUGAGGAACAACCAUACCAGCACGGCGGUUGACGCUCGUCUCAUUUGAACGAUAAAGGAGAGCCAUGUGACUUGUGAAUCCUCACAGCGUCCACCUCGUCAUCAAAGAUAAAAAGCUAGCAAGCACCAAGGCUACGGUGACAGGUGACUAGCAGCAUCCAUGUCUCCAUCUGAACAACGGAAAGGUUAGCCGCCUGCUGCACACGCCCUCAACCAGAAGGAGUUAAUGAUGUAAAUGGAUACUCUGGAAGACUGCCACAAGUGGGAUUAAACGCACCAUCCAGCCAUUGUGAAAACAGGUGCGGUAAUCCUGACCACCCCUCAGGCUACAAUUUUUUUGUUGUUGUUGAUGCACGAUUCAACGAAUGAAUUUGAUCUGUAGACUUUCAACCUCACGUUUCAACUGGAAACACGACAGAAUCCAAUACAUCUGAUCAUGUUGUUGGGGAAAGAAUAUCCAAUAUAAGCUCAGCCUUCAAGAUUCCUAUGAUGCAAAGCUAAAAUUGUUGCUGUAUUUUUCUCCAGCCCAAUGGUAGCUCUUGGGGGGUCCAUGCUUGGCUAGUCACUAACAGCAGAAGAAUUUCAUCAAUGGAGAAACUGUCUUCAUUGAAGAUGGCAUAUUUUUGCUGUUGAGUGUUGUCCCUUCAUUCCGCCUCGGAUUCAAAGUUGUUGCUUCUGAAAAUGUAACUGACAUGGAUACCAGUGGAUUUUAUUCUGGAUUUGACCCCCGUCGUUUUUUCAAGUCCAACACCAGCAGUUGGGUUUUGUCCCUCACACACCCCAAGCAGCUUGGUAGAUGUUAGCGAUGCCCACACGCAGGAAAACCAAGUUCCCCCAGUGGCACAUUUACAGACUGCUGGGGCUAAUAUGAAUGUUGGAUGAAAAGCAAGUUCCCUUUUUUUAAUUGCAGCUCAUUAUGUUCUCGUGCAGCAACCAUAGUUGUGUACACCUCCGUACUCUCUGGUAAAUAUGGAAAAAGCACAUUUUUUUAAUUUAAGGUUUGACUUCUAAGCAAGAGCAAUUCACAAGGGACGGAAAAAGUGUUGAUCCAGGACAAUUCACUUUGUUCUUAUUAAAACUGGUUUUCUACUCUUGUGCUUUUAUCCUGACUCCCUUUUUAAUUCAAAGGGGAGUGAUAUUAUGUAUGGUUUACAUAACAGACUAAACUGCUUUUUAUAUCAUUUGAUCUUAAAAGUCAAGCUUUUUCACUGUAUUUGCAGAAAAUUCCAGUUUGGUCUGUUUGCUUUUUUGGGGGGAGAACUUAAUUUUCGGAAGUUUCCAGCCCUCUUUGAAUAUCGUCUGUAAUGUCCCGUGUUAAGUCAGUCUGCUUUUUGACAGAAACAAAUAUUUCAAACCUGGAAAAACUUUUUUUACAAUGGCUCAGGAUCUCCGUGAGGAUUUUUGCAAAGGACAAAAGCGCAACCGAUCCAUCAUUUUAGUCCCGAUAUCAGAAUCCCACGUAGAACACCAGUAGGGACAUUGAACUCAGAAUGGCGACUCCCUCGGCAUCGCAGCAAAGCUGAGGCCCGAGUGAAACGGCGCGCACACAGGAAGUGAUGCCAGGUGGUAGUAUUAAGAAUGAAGGGCGGGGUCCAUCCUCCUCUCCCCUGCCCCAUGCUGUGGUCCUGUCCUCCAGACCCUUGCGACCCUCGCGCUACAUCCCCGUGUCGGCCGCCACUUUCUUCCUGGUUGGCUCAACUACGCUCUUUUUCUGCUUCACUUGUCCUUGGCUCUCGGAGCGUUUCUCUGCCGCCGUACCCAUUUACAAUGGCAUCAUCUUCCUGUUUGUCUUGGCGAACUUCUGUAUGGCCACAUUCAUGGACCCAGGCAUCUUUCCAAGAGCGGAGGAGGACGAGGACAAGGAGGACGACUUCCGCGCUCCUCUUUACAAAACGGUGCAGAUCAGAGGGAUCCAAGUCAGGAUGAAAUGGUGUUCAACUUGUCGCUUCUACCGGCCCCCACGGUGCUCCCACUGCUCCGUCUGUGACAACUGUGUGGAGGACUUCGACCACCAUUGUCCCUGGGUCAACAACUGCAUCGGCAGGAGGAACUACAGAUACUUCUUCCUCUUCCUCCUUUCACUGACGGCCCACAUCAUGGCCGUGUUUGGCUUUGGGUUGCUCUUCCUCUUCUACCAUCACCAGUACAUCAGCCGCCUGCAUGCCAUUGUCACGCUGGCGGUAAUGUGUGUUGCAGGCCUGUUCUUCAUUCCAGUUGCUGGUCUCACUGGUUUCCACAUUGUGCUGGUGGCGAGGGGCAGAACUACUAACGAGCAGGUCACAGGCAAGUUCAGAGGAGGAGUUAAUCCGUUUACGGAUGGCUGUUGGAGGAACGUCACUCAUGUCCUCUGCAGUUCACAGGCGCCCAGAUAUUUGACCAGGAAGAAGUGCGUACCGAGUGUGUGUAUCCAGCCUCCAUUUCUACGCCCGCAGCUAACCGACGACCAGCUCACGGCUAAGAUCCUGGACAACGGCCUUCGAGGGAAUCUUCAUCGGUCACAGUCCAGUCUGGAUAUGCAAGAAAGCCAGUCAUGUGAUGCUGACCCCCCUCCUCCAAAACCAGAGCUUCACUACCUUGGGGUCACCAGGCGGAACACACACGAUUACAAUCUAGUCAACAAAGUACCUCCCACCCCCACCAUGUACAAGUACAGACCUACCUACAGCCCCGGCAAGAACCACGCCCCCCUGACCCACGCUUAUGCAAACCAGCUAAGUCAAAGAGAGCGAGCUAGCAGUAGCAGGGAUUCUUCCUCCUCAACCUCCUCGCUGGUCCAGGUCAGCCAGCAGCCCGGGUUCCGCUCCCAGCCCAGUCUGGACCGGGACAGUUCAUCUGUCAGAGGGGGGGCGGACGGGGAGAGACAAGAUGGCGGCGAGGGCGGCGUCCCAGGCUACUCUCUCGCUGGCCGUUCCUACCCGUCGUUUCCCGACCCCGCUGUCCUGUCAGGGGUGGCGUCCCAAUCCUCCUGCUCCAUGCACACCCCAGCAGGGGGCGCCCACAUCUCCGAAUCCACCACGGUGUCCAGCAGCUUCAAGAGCGUAGCCAAUCACACGCCUCCGCCCCAUCAGCCAGCCCCCAAUGGGAGCCUGUCAUGUGACAGCUUGAUGGCUGGAGGGGAGGUUCCUUCAGCGGCGGGCGGGGGCGGCGGCGGGGGCGGCUACAUCUCAUCCUUCCUGACUUCCCAACACAGAGAUGUUGACUCCCAGUCUCCCCAGCGCCAUCACCCACUCCUCCACCGCUCAACCUCCUCCACCUGCUACUCCCCCCCUCCUGAGCGGGAACGCCAACCCGUGGAACCUCACCGGGGGGGCCACCCCCUGCCUGUCUGUCAAGCGCCUGCACCCCCGCCUCCUUCUGCCCCGCAUCCACCCCACCAUCACCAUUCCCAUCAUCAUCAUCACCACCAUCAUCAUCACCACCACUCCUCAUCGACCGCCCACCCUCGCUUCAUCGCCCCGCACCUGCCCCACCACGCCUACCCCCACCGCACCCGCUCCACGGACACCCCCUCCUCAUCUUCCGCAAACUACCCCUGCCACUCCCCGCACCCCCCGCCCCUCGGGAAAUCCUUGUCUUACUCCAGCGCCGCCGCCGCCGAGAUGCAAUAUCGGCUCAUCCGGAAGGCUUCCUCGGCAGCCGGAACGGAAGCGGGAAGCGGAGGAACGGCGGCAGCCAAGGUUGAUGGAGACCAAAUGGAAGUACGGACUUGAACCCGUGGCCGUCCUUCCUCCCCCAGUCAACGCAUCUCCUGGUCAGCAAUAAAAGCCCCACACCCACAAGCCUGUGUGACAAGUGGUCAGGGUGUCACCUACCACCUUUUGGACUUUUUGCAGCGCCAUCUUCACGGUCUGGAAGGACAUUUGUGCCACCAGUCUUUAUCUUCUGGUUGACUGUUAAAAUAAAAAGAUGUACAGCAUGGAUUGAACGGCACCGGGGGUUUUUGCUAUUUAGAUCCAAAAAAUCUUUACAUUUUUUUGGACCAAGCGGGACCCACAACGUGUUUAUGUGUUUGUGUAUUUGAACGGGACGGUCAGGGAAGAAUGCCGUUCCUGAAAAGUGGAUAUCCCGUAAGAACCCAGAACCCCAUGUAGGCCGCGUGUGCAUAAAGGAAAAUGAGACAUCCACUAAGAUCAGUUGCAUUGUGCUAGUUGAUUCAUAAUGAGCGUUCAUGGCAAGUGUUCUUAUGGGUUAUGAGUCAUAUCAUUUAUAGAUGAACUGCGUUGUGAUUCCGUUGUCUGGGAAAAUGGCAUCUGUGGUCGGAACCAAGUACAUGAACAAAGAGGGAAGACUCAACCAAAUGUUGAUUGCCUUUUUUGGUGUUUAUUCUUGGAUGUGAAUAUUCUAAGUGUGUACAUAAUGUGAUCUUUGAAUGUGAUAUUUUUUUAAUUCUGGUUUUGUUGAUAUUCAUAUGGUGCGACAGCAUGUACAUUCAUUAUUAUGAACCACUAUGGGCCCAGAUGGACUAUGAAGUUGGUUAUUGGAACAAACCGUCAAUUUAAGCCGGCCAUAAAUUGACUAUGGAACCUAAAGUUCCAUACAGAAAAAUGUUAUUAAACCCAUGUACCCUUACAGCCCUUGGAUCCAGUAUACAAAGUAGAUAUCUCUAGAAAACACCUUGACUAAUUCCAAAACAAUCCAUUCAUUUUCUAACCCCAUUCCCAAACCCAAAUAAUUAACCUUAAUCCCUAACAUGCAUGAUUUUGGAAUGUGGAAGUACCCAGAGAAAACCCACACAGAAGCUCCAUCUCUUGUGACUCUGACAUGCUAACCACUGGUCCACUGUGCGGCUGUUUUGAAAAUCCAAAAGUCAAUUUUCUUUACCGUAUUUAAUGUGAAUUUUUUUUUUUACACAUGUAUAUUUUAUUUAUAAUGGAGAUUUUGCAACUGCUUAAAAAUGUGCAGACAUUAAAACAAAAGUUCCAAUGUUAUGAAUG